UCGGAUACCGUUUGCCCGGUAGAUGUUUCUCGCAAUGAGAACGAAGUGCCAUAUCGACCCUUUCUAACAGGUUUCAACUUCCACCACCGCAUUCAGGCAGCAAUCUGCAAAUUCAGAGACUCAACCGGAGAGAGAGCGAGCGAGCGUGGGAAGAGCAAAGAUGCCGAAGAAGAUGGGAAUAAACAGUAAAGCAGAGGCUGCUAGGGCACGGAAGAGCGCUACAGAGGCGGAACGCAAGGAGCGAGAGGCUUGCGAGAAGGAAGACCAAUACUGGAGAGAAGCCGAGGGCACCAAAUCUCGAGCAGCCAAAAAACGAGAAGACGAGGCCGAGAAACGUGCAGAGGCUGCUGCCCGCAAGGCCGAGGCUCGACGUCUUGCCGAGCUUGAAGAGAAAGAUCUCGAGAAGGCCUGUAGGAAGCCUGACAAGAAGGCCAACCGAGUCUCUAUCCCUGUCCCCAAGGUCACCGAGGCGGAGCUCCAGCGUCGUCGUCAAGAGGAGAGGCUUCAGAUCCUUCAGCGCGCUGAGGAGGCUAAGAAGAGGCAGACUCGCACCGCCAACGAAGAGGAAUAUGAGCGCAUGGUGCUCGUUUCCAAUACCAAUCGCGACGAUUCUAUUAUCGAGGCUCACUCCGUCGAGGAAGCCAUUGCUCGCAUGGCCGUUUCGGAUAAUCUUCCUCCUGAGCGGCAUCCAGAGAGGAGGCUCAAGGCAUCUUUUAAGGCAUUUGAAGAAGCAGAACUUCCAAAACUGAAGGAAGAAAAGCCAGGUCUUACUCACACUCAAUACAAGGACAUGAUAUGGAAGUUAUGGAAGAAAUCUCCAGAUAAUCCUCUUAACCAGGUUAAGGAUUGAUCCGGUUGCACCCCCCUCGCCCAGUAAGGGUUGCUAUUUUCUCCGGUAACUGUACCAUUUCUAAAUGUCAAUUCUUCGAACCUGUUGAGGCAUACUGUGGAUUUUUGGAUCCUGGGUUGUACGAGCCUGCAGCGUUCGUGCCCACUAGAACCUAGAGUAAUGCUUUAUUUUCUUUCGUCAUUGGUUUAUUGUGGCCCCAUUCUAUUCAGACCUGCGAUUCAUUCAUCUAUGUUGGCAAUAAACUGUUGUUAAUGGUGUAUAUACAUAAUGACGAGAGCACAAAAAAAUGAGUAUUAAAAGUUGAAACAGAGAUGGUCUUAUGUUCUUUGUUAAUUGGAUUUGGAGUAAAAGUUGGUAUUUAA